CUCGCGGCUGCCAUUUCGGCGGGCCGUGCCUCCAUUUUCCCGCGAGCGCGGCGGAGCCGGCCCGGCCCCGGCCCCGCCGCCGCCCCCAGAGCAGCGGCGCGGCCGCCCCGCACCCGCCCAGCCGCGGGGCCGCCUCCGGCAUGCGGAGCUGCAAGAUGGUGCGGCUGGCCAGCGUGCUGGGGCUCGUCAUGCUCAGCGUGGCGCUGCUCAUCCUGUCCCUCAUCAGCUACGUCUCGCUCAAGAAGGACAACAUCUUCGGGGCGCCCCGCGCCGCCGGGCCCCGCAUGUACAUGUUCCACGCGGGAUUCCGGUCCCAGUUUGCACUGAAGUUCCUGGACCCCUCGUUCGUGCCCAUCACCAACUCCCUGGGCCAGGAGCUGCAGGACAAGCCCUCCAAGUGGGUGUUCAACCGGAGCGCCUUCGCCCACCAGAGGCAAGAAAUCCUUCAGCACGUUGACGUCAUCAAAAACUUUUCUCUGGUCAAGAGCAGCGUUCGGAUCGGGCAGCUGAUGCACUACGAUUACUCCAGCCAUAAGUAUGUCUUCUCCAUCAGCAACAACUUCAGGUCUCUGCUUCCCGACGUGUCUCCCAUCCAGAACAAGCACUACAACAUCUGCGCCGUGGUUGGCAACAGCGGGAUCCUGACUGGCAGCCAGUGCGGGCAGGAAAUCGAUAAGUCGGAUUUUGUCUUUCGCUGCAAUUUUGCUCCAACUGAGGCUUUCCAGAAAGAUGUUGGAAGGAAAACCAACCUCACCACCUUCAACCCCAGCAUCCUGGAGAAGUAUUACAACAACCUCCUGACCAUUCAGGAUCGCAACAACUUCUUUUUAAGUUUGAAAAAGCUCGAUGGGGCCAUUCUCUGGAUCCCCGCUUUUUUCUUCCACACGUCGGCGACGGUCACGAGAACACUGGUUGACUUCUUCGUUGAGCACAGAGGGCAGCUGAAGGUCCAGCUGGCUUGGCCAGGAAACAUCAUGCAGCACGUUAACAGGUACUGGAGGAACAAGCACCUGUCCCCAAAGAGGCUGAGCACAGGCAUCCUCAUGUACACGCUGGCUUCGGCCGUCUGCGACGAGAUCCACCUCUACGGCUUCUGGCCCUUCGCCUUCGACCCCAACACGCGGGAGGACCUCCCCUACCACUACUACGACAAGAAGGGAACCAAGUUCACCACCAAGUGGCAGGAGUCCCACCAGCUGCCUGCAGAGUUCCAGCUGCUCUACAGGAUGCACGGUGAAGGACUGGCCAAACUCACCUUGUCGCAUUGUGCCUAAGAACCUAAAUCUCGAAGUGCCAAACAAUUGUCUAAAAAAGUGCCCAAAACCAAAUUAAACAUUCUUCAGAUAGAAUUCUAAAAAGGAAACAAACCCACCCUAGAAUCUUUUCCAUAAUUAAAGAUGCUUUUUAGCUACUGCUCAUCCAAGGGUUUCAGCAUAUUUAGCGGUGCAGAAGCUUUUAUCAUGUUCUGUGGAUGCGAUUUGUGCAGCUGCAAAGUUGAAACAUUCUGCAUUUCUAGAAGAGCUGCUCAGUCUGUUUUAAUAUCUGUUCAUAUUUUAGCGUUCUGCUAACACCCUAAAUAAUUUCAUUGCUCCUUCCCAUUAGAGCUAGAAAUGCUACUUUUAAGAGGUUUUGCUUCUUUUGUAUCUGUUGCUGUCCAUAGCUCAGCGUGGCCUGGCCAUGGAGGAAGGCACUCGGGGCUCCAGCGCGUCGGCACACGCGAGUUCCUCGGUGUGGAUCCUGACCUCCGCCGCUUGGGUAUUUCCUAUUUACUGAAUUUUACAUUUUUUAAAGAAUAACAAGAAGAAGGUCACAAAGUGGCUCAUACCUUAGCUAGGUGUUUAUAUCACUCUUGGAAUACUUCAGUGUUUUAAUUCCUUUCGGGACAGAUCCUAGUCCUGACUAGACAGACGGAGGCAUGUUCAUUCCCAUCCAUCUGAUACCAUUCUGCCAUUUGAUUUUACAGUUGAACCACCACAAUUCAUGCAAUUAGGCUUCUCUGGAGACCUCUUUGGUGAGAAAAGCCCCAAACCCCAUCCCCCUGCUUGGGCAGGAUGGGCAAAAAUGGAAGCCAGGUGCUGGGAUGUUUAAAAACCAGUUUUUUGUAGGGAAGGAAGUGAGCAGAGCUGGAGUGCAGGGAAGAAGAAAUGCCACGACCAAAUUCCCCCAUUUAUGUCUCUAACUCACCAGUCAGACAGCUGGAGCAGUGUCCCCAUUUUCCCAGCACCAGCAGCACCCAAGGCAGACAGGGCAGACAUUUCCUUGGCAGCACAGGAAAUCCAUCUGUUUGGGGACAGGACAAAAAACAGGGUCACUUACAGCUGGGAAGUGUUGGCCAUUAUGUCUCAGGAUAAAGGAGCCUGGGAAGUAACUGGGUUUCUUAUGAGUAUGCUGGCAAGUACUUAACAAUUUUUUACUGCUGUGAGUGAGAACUGACCCCACAAUGAAAGAAGAUGCAAAAUCCAGUAUUUAAAAUGGCACAGGUUGAUUUUUCUUAGCUUCUUUGCUUGUGGUCAGACAUAGGAAAUGAGGAGGAGAUCUCCAGCACAACACCCAGGCAUGGCCUAGGGCCCACUGUGGCCCUGCAGCCAGAAGGGUUCUCCCCCACACGCCGGGGUGGAGCAGGAGCUGCUGGCUUUCUCCUCCCCUUGAAUUAUCCCACAUUCCCCAGCUGUGCUUUUCCGAAGGCUGUGUAGGGCUGUGGGGGGCCCCGCAGCUGCCCCAUGUCCAGAGCUGCCCCAGGCACUGUUCCUGGGGCUCUGGGCAGUCCUGUGCUCCUCACACUUGCUCAGCAGGGUCCAGCUCGUGUGCCUGUGCUCCUGGAGUCACAGGGGUGCAGUGGUGAUGCCCCAGUGCUGCACUGAGUCCCCCAGUGCCAGAAGGGCUGUGGGAUCACAGCUCUGGGAACCGUGGGGCUGGCAGUGGCUGGGCAGCCCUGGUCCCAGCAGAGCCUGCAGGGACCCUGCUCCCCGUGCUGGAGCACACAGAUUGUUUAGCCCCAAACCAGAAAUUGCACAGGGAAAGAAGAGCUCUGCACUGGUCAUUAGUGAAGUGCAGGAAUGAAUAAUUUCUGAUAUUGUUUUCCAUGGGCACUGGGGUCCAUGCUAAAGCAGUGCCCAGCACCCCUAAGCCCACCGGGGCAGGAGCGUCACCCCCAACCCCAAAUUACUCUUGUUGGCUUGUCUGAACACCAGAUAUUUUUACCAAGAGGCCUUUUACCAGUUUCCUGAGGGAACCAUAAUUUCUCAUCAGCAAAUUAAAGAAAUGGGAGCUAUUAUCAUUCUACUGGCAUGAAAGCAGGGACAGUGGGCUCCAUGCAGUUUCUGGAACCUCCCAUAGUCCUGGAGAGGGGCACAACCCCCUGGGCACAGCCCUGGCAUCACCACCAGAACUUUACAAAAGCACAAAGAGCAGAGAAGGAAGCACAAAACUGACUGCAAAUAUUUGGAAAUGGGAAUACAGAAAAAUUAUUGACAGAACGCCAUAUUACAUCAUUGAUUUUUAAGCAAAACGCCCCAUCGAUGCUCCAGACCCACAUUGAACAUUUCAGAAUCAUUGAUUUUAAUGGGGAGUUCUGCCCCGUGAUCGAUGGCACAGCACAGCCCAAAGUAAAUUGCUUCUUAGUAUCAAUAUUCUUUUGCAAGGUGGAAAAGCAUCUCAAAGUGCACAGCUUUUGUUUUGCCAGGUGGGGUCUGAGGGAGAGGUGAGGAUGGCAGGGGAUGGAGAAGACAGUGCCUGAGGAGAGGCUCUUUGGGCUGCCUCUGUCCAGCAGAAAUGCCUUUGCACUACUGAGCAAGUAUUUUAUUAUUUAUUUAAUUGUUAUUUACAAGGUGCUGGGGGCUUCCCUCCCUGCUCAGGACAGCCAGUGGCAUCACCUCAGCUGGCCUCUUCCUUCCCUCUCUUUGGCCCCAAACCUUCCUGCAUGAAUUCCUGAUGGUUCAGGGAGAACUCUCCUUCCCAUGACUGAACGUCUAGACAAGAGCUAAUGCAGCGUGAUCAAUACCUAUAAGUACAAAACAUUUGAGGCUCCAAAAUCCAGAGCAGCUCCCUCCAUUGGGAGACCCUGCUUGGCCCUGGGCUGCUCAGUGUCCAGGGGCAGCCACAUCCCUCUCCAGCCCCUUUGCCAGCAGGAUGGGUGCCAAGGUGCUGGGGGUGUACAUAGGAUUGGGAAUACAUGUUUCCUCUCUUCUUUUAUACAUCUUGGGUCUCUAUUUUUGUUGCUUGCAUCUCCUCGGUGAAUGGUAGCAAGGCAUGUGAAAACAGGCAUUUGGCUACCAGGUUUCAUUGUAAGACCAAGCCAAAAGCAAGAUUUGUGAAACAGAGUGACUGUGAAUGGAGGCUGCAAAAACAGGGCAAAUAGGAAAAAGCAGGUUUUCUGUAAAUGAAUGUGUCUUUAUUUCAAUGGCUCUACAGUUCAAUGCCUGAUGGAGUUGUUUUCGAUAAAAAAAAUAUAAAUAUUACAAAAAAAAAAAAAAAAAAGAAGAUGCCAUAAUUGUAAUAAAGGUUUCGUUAGUCAGGGCCAUACUACAAGCACUGUUUAUUUUCCAAUGGCUGACGUUCACAAAGGGCCGGGCAGCUCUCCGGUGAGCGCUGGGAAGGAGCUGCUGCAGCCUCAGCAGCACGGAGAGCCUGGUGGCAGGGCUGGGCUGGCACGGGCUGAGCCUGCCUGCACAGCUCUGGGUGCCCCGGCUGCCCGUGACCGUGCCACGUCCCGCGGGGGCAGCGGGGCUGGGCAGCUCCCGUGUGAGCCCGUGCUGGGUGUGCCUGCAGCAUUGACUCGUGUGCCAUAACCCGAUCCUGAAUGCAUUGUUUUUAAAUAAAAUGGUUUCUUGUGCAUUGGGAGUCUGUAAAA